AAGGCGUGUGUGACGGUUAUUGACCGUGUUUAAGGCGUGUGUGGCGGUUAUGCGAAGGUCCACGUACGUCUGGAAAAUUGUAGACGCAAAGAAUGUGACGUUAGCAUAGUGCAGGUCGAGAUACGGUUGUCUUCGUGCAUUAUAACUACGCUCCAGUUCCGCGGAUUGGGACACAGCCUUUCUUCUCUCACCGAUGACAUCAUCGCGUUAAUCUCCUAACCGUCAGCUGAUGAGGAGACGCGCUCGUUGAGGAAGGGGGAGGAAGCGACUGGGACACACGAGUAGGUUUAUUACAUAGAGGCAGUGUAAUGGAGGACGGAUCCGCAGACCCGUAUUUACCCUACGAUGGCGGAGGGGACACGAUUCCCCUGCAGGAGAUCCGUGUGAGAGGCUCUGCCUACAUGUCUAAUGGUGGAGGCGGAGCCGGAGGGGUGAGUAGCUCCACCCACCUCCUGGACCUGUUUGAAGAGCCAAUUCCUGGAGUGGGCACCUAUGACGACUUCCACACCAUCGACUGGGUCCGAGAGAAGUGUAAAGACCGUGAACGUCAUCGUAAGAUUAACAGUAAGAAGAAGGAGUCAGCAUGGGAAUUUACAAAGAGCCUGUAUGAUGCCUGGUCUGGGUGGCUGGUGGUGACAUUAACAGGGCUGGCUUCAGGUGCCUUGGCCGGUUUGAUAGACAUCGCUGCUGAUUGGAUGAACGACCUGAAGGAGGGGGUGUGUCUGAGUGCCUUGUGGUUUAACCAUGAGCAAUGCUGCUGGGGCUCCAACGAGACCACGUUCUCCGAGAGAGACAAGUGUCCACAGUGGAAAACGUGGGCUGAACUCAUCCUGGGCCAAGCAGAGGGUCCUGGCUCCUACAUUAUGAACUACUUCAUGUACACAUACUGGGCUCUGACCUUUGCCUUCCUGGCAGUUGUUCUGGUCAAAGUGUUUGCGCCGUAUGCGUGCGGCUCUGGGAUCCCCGAGAUUAAGACCAUCCUGAGCGGGUUUAUAAUCCGGGGUUACCUGGGCAAAUGGACACUGAUGAUAAAGACCGUUACUUUGGUGUUGGCCGUGGCAUCAGGACUGAGUCUGGGGAAAGAAGGCCCACUGGUACACGUGGCCUGCUGCUGUGGCAACAUUUUCUCUUACCUCUUUCCCAAGUACAGCAAGAACGAGGCUAAGAAGCGAGAGGUGCUGUCUGCGGCAUCGGCUGCGGGCGUGUCGGUGGCGUUCGGAGCUCCUAUAGGAGGAGUUCUGUUCAGUCUCGAGGAGGUGAGUUAUUACUUCCCGUUGAAGACGCUGUGGCGAUCCUUUUUCGCCGCCCUGGUUGCAGCGUUCGUGCUUCGCUCCAUUAACCCGUUUGGGAACAGCCGCUUAGUUCUGUUCUAUGUGGAGUACCACACACCCUGGUACCUGUUCGAGCUCUUCCCCUUCAUCCUGCUUGGUGUGUUUGGUGGCCUGUGGGGCGCCUUCUUCAUCCGAGCUAACAUCGCCUGGUGCCGCCGCCGCAAGUCCACACGCUUCGGCAAGUACCCAGUCCUGGAGGUGAUCACAGUGGCAGCCAUCACAGCCAUCGUGGCUUUUCCCAACCCGUACACCCGACAGAACACGAGUCAGCUGAUUAAGGAGCUGUUCACCGACUGCGGGCCGCUGGAGUCUUCGCAGCUCUGUCAGUAUCGCAGUCAGAUGAACGGGAGUCAGGCGUAUCCAGAAGGCGCAGAGGCCACCACCACUCCCGGGGUUUACUCUGCCAUGUGGCAGCUCAGUCUGGCGCUCAUCUUUAAGAUCAUCAUGACCAUCUUCACCUUUGGCUUAAAGGUUCCCUCUGGUCUGUUCAUUCCCAGCAUGGCAAUUGGGGCAAUAGCAGGUCGUAUUGUGGGCAUUGCUGUGGAGCAGCUUGCUUACUAUCACCACGAUUGGUUUCUGUUUAAGGAGUGGUGUGAGGUGGGGGCAGAUUGCAUCACUCCUGGUCUUUAUGCCAUGGUUGGAGCUGCAGCUUGUUUGGGUGGUGUAACGCGGAUGACCGUGUCUCUGGUGGUCAUCGUGUUUGAGCUGACUGGAGGGUUGGAGUACAUUGUACCACUCAUGGCUGCAGUGAUGACCAGUAAGUGGGUGGGGGAUGCGUUCGGGCGUGAGGGUAUUUAUGAGGCACAUAUCCGUCUCAACGGCUACCCGUUCUUGGAUGCGAAAGAGGAGUUCACACACACCACGACAGCUCGCGAGGUAAUGCGGCCGCGACGCAACGAGCCACCGUUAGCAGUGCUUACUCAGGACGACCUGACACUGGGAGAACUGCAGACCGUCAUCAAUGAUACCAGCUACAACGGCUUCCCGGUCAUCGUCUCCAAAGAGUCCCAGAGACUGGUAGGGUUCGCCCUGCGCAGGGACAUCACUAUAGCGAUAGAGAACGCACGGAGGAAGCAGGAAGGCAUCGUGCUAAAUUCGCGUGUAUAUUUCACGCAGCAUGCCCCAACACUUCCCGCAGACAGCCCACGUCCUCUGAAGCUGCGCAGCAUCCUGGACAUGAGUCCCUUCACCGUCACAGACCACACGCCCAUGGAGAUCGUCGUGGACAUUUUCCGCAAGCUCGGCCUGCGCCAGUGCCUCGUCACGCACAACGGGAUUGUAUUGGGCAUCAUCACUAAGAAGAAUAUUUUAGAGCAUCUGGAGGAGCUCAAGCAGCACACGGAGCCCCUGGCGUCUCCUUGGUAUUAUUACAAAAAAAGAUAUCCUCCGUCAUAUGGCCCAGAUGGCAAACCAAGAUCCCGAGUCCAUAAUGUUCAACUAGUGCCCUCUCACACCAGACACGAGGAAGAGGAGAGCGAAGAGGAAGUCCGAUUACUGGACCACGUGUCCCACUGACCUGUUUGUGUCCUGCCCCCUCAACCCCCCAUCCCGCAUGGCUCCUAACUGGGGACCGGCUGCAUUGGUGGAGUUUUCCGGAUCUCCAUCCAGGCUUUCAGGAGGAAGAAAGACUUUGCAGAAAAAGGCUUGAAAGAUGAUCCAGAGUUUCAGCCACUGAUGAAAAUGCACUAAUACUCACACGUGGGCUUGCACCGAUUUGGCUCAGCACCUUCGCUCGGUCUCACCUUGAUAGACCUCACUGGGAUGAAAGGUCGCGAUGAUCCACACGAAUCCGAGGAGGGACCUUGAUGACCAAACUCCGCUCAUGUACAGCUAUGACCCCUGAACUCCUGCCACCUGCAUCACCCUGCCAUGUUCCCACUAAAGACUCCAUACUCCGUAACACAUGAGCUUGGGAGAGUGUGUGGAUAUGUGUGUGUGUGGAUAUGUGUGUGUGUGGAUAUGUGUGUGUGUGUGUGUGUGUGUGUGUGUGUGUGUGUGUGGAUGUAAGUGUGUGGAUAAGUGUGUGU